AAGGCGAGGGUUUCAGCCUCCCCGCGUCUAGACCGGCCGAUCGGCAAAUCGACUUUCUCUCCUUCUCCCCUCCUCGUCUUCCCCUUCCUUUCCCUUGGCUUCCUCUCUCUCUCUCUCUGUCUCUCUUCCUUCUCUUUUUCUCUCCUCUUCUUCCCCCCCUCCUCUCCCUCUUCCUUCCCCUCCGUCUCACUUGCUCCCCUCGACCUUUGCUUGUCGUUGCUUCUCAUCGUCCGGUGGAUCCGCCAAUUCCCCCCGUCCAUCGGUGCUUCGACGCUCUUGUCUUGUGUGGACACCUUUUUUUCGACCCCAUCUGGCCCGGCAUCCGAUCUGUGCUUCCUUUUUUUUCCUGUCUUGAAAAAUUUCUCCCUCCCCUAUGGCGGAAUCAUCGUGAAACAGAUCAUUACAACUCGUCCCUUUACUCGAUCUAAGGCGACCUUGUCAUCUUCGACCUCCCAUUUGCUAUCUGCCUAUAUCCACGCUGGAACAUUCGAAGACGAAGACGAAGCGGCUUCCUUCUUCCGCAGUACCUAAGGGCGCCAUCGUACCGAGCGCCCGAUCUUCGUGGUGAGGCUCGCCUUGGGCUUCGUCUUCUCUGUCAGACUAGGGUCAUGUAUGUUCUCGAUCAACCAUUGGGGGAACCGCAAAUUUGCUGGACAGAGAGCCAUGCUUUUUGCCUUGUUCAAAAACUCGUUUCGUGACUUAUCGAUCGCUUACUGCUCACUAACUCUCUCCUGGCGCCCUCCUAUAUCCUAGUUCAGGCGACUACGUCCGGAAGUUGACUUCUCCGGAACCUCCCAUCUGGUCGAUUUGGUAUCACGGCAGAAGACGUUCUUUCUUCUCGCUAUGUCUGACUCGGUCGAAUCAGAAUGGUCCAACUCCUUUCGCCCCGGACGUACUUCGUCAUUUCUCCCCUGCAAAUCCGAAUGCCUUCCCGGGGACUCCUCCGCUGCCACCUUGCGGAACAGUGACGCGCAAGCCGACCCGUCGAUCAGCCAACAUGUCCGUGGACCGCAGAACGUUGCAGUCGAUCGAUUGGUAAAACUCAAACAAGACCUCCGGGGCUUGGACGCGGAAUCAUUCUGGACUCAGUUGAUGGAACGACUUGCCUCACUCUGCAAUUCCCAGUAUGCCUUUGUGGCUCGAAAAGUUCGCGAAAAUGAUGUCGCGAAGGACGCAGAGGGCCGAAGCCCCUCCUUGCACGGCACUGCGUUCUACUACAACGAUGGACAUCAAACGGUGGGAAUGUACAGGAACCGGUCGUUCGCAGGAGGCAACCCGCAAUCUCACAUGGACCACGGAAAAGCGUGCUUGAUUCCCGAAAACCUGGGGUCAUUUAUAUCAUUCGACCAAGACAAGCUCCCGUUCGCCGCGGAAGGCUAUUUGGCAGUCCCACUGUUUUCGGAAACUAAGUGUGCGGCCUACCUUGGGCUUAUGUGGUCUGGACCCGGCUUGCAGAAACGGACGCUCUCCUGGCAAUUUCUGGAAAUGAUUCUGCAUUCGUUGGAAGAUCUGAUCGUCAAGCGAAUUGCUGACGAAGCAGGCGAUGCAAAAUUUGAUCGACCAACCCGGGAGGCCCAUGCUGUUUCCGUGAGCCAGAAAAUCGUGGAUGAGACGCAUAUCAACCUUGUGCAGGGGCACGUUGACUUUUCUUCUCAUGCUCUCAAGCCGUAUGCUCGAAGCUUGUCCCAUGAGCUUCGAACUCCGAUGCAGGGAAUUGUUGGAAUGCUAGACGUCAUGCAUGCCACUGUCCGCGAAGCUAUGCUUGGAAAGCCGCCUCCUACAACAGGGGGUGUCUUCCAAGCUUUGAAGGAAAGCAUCGAGAUGGUCCAAGAUAGUGCUAGACGGGCGGUCGAGGCGGCCGAUAACGUGGUCCAUGCCUACGAUUUGAACAUGCAGGUGCCCAAAACCCCCCAGUUUGAGCGCGAAAAUGACUGCUUCGGCGGGCCUGUCCAGUCGCCAGUCAAUGCGCCCGAAACCCGCCCGAAUAUCUUUAUUGAAGGCAGCAACAUCACGGUGAAUCCGUACAAACGGCGACGAAGUAACCCCAUCGACAACAACGCUGGGCCGGCCUCGAAGCAAAAAGUCCCGCGUGUCUUGGGCCCGAAAGGGCUGUCGCCUCGAAGUGAGGAGGUCAAGAACGCGGUUCACGAGAGUGACAAAAUCAUCCAGGCGACCCCGGCACACCAGAUCGAGGCCGUCAUGGCGAGUAUGGUCGAUUCGCGUCCAUCGUUGGCGGCGCGGCGCUCGGCGUCCCACCUCAUGUUGGAAGGGAUUAAUCUCAACAACCGGGGUCCGGCGGUGCGAUCCACCAAGCUUCGUGAUCUCCUUCGACUGGUCAUCAACGAAUCCUUACACGUUGGCGGUCGGCCUGAUUUUGCCGUGACGAAUGCGACCGAACUCGGAGAAAGGAUCGAAGUACGGUCGCGGUCUUCCGGUGGAGAGGUCUUCUCCAAAACGAUCGAUUGGACCGUUGAUGCAGCAUUGCCAGAAACGCUAUACGUCGACGAUCGCGAUCUUGCCAAGCUGAUCUCCUGUGUCUUUUUAAACGCCGUCAAGUUCACCAACAGUGGUGCGAUUACGGUACAUGCCAAAGUUGGCCGAAAAGCCAAUGAUAUCAUGAUCAGUGUGCAGGAUACGGGGUCAGGUAUCCCGGAGGCCUUCCUGCCGAAGCUGUUCAAGCCUUUCGCUCGACAGGACGCAUCUACAACCCGGAGCAAAGACGGACUUGGACUUGGACUUCUCGUAGCCAAGGGCCUUGCACGGAAAAUGGGUGGCGAUUUGAUUUGCGUUCGCUCCUCGACUUCUGGUCCUGACCGUGGGUCGGAGUUUGAGGUUAGAAUCCCGAUCUACCAGUCUGAACCUUCUGCCAGGCAGUUCACUCCUGUCACGAAACUCUUAACUCCUCCUCAGCUUUGCGAUCCGUCGAGACUAAGCAGCGGGAGCAGUUCGACGUUCAUUCCGCCAAUCCCCCCUUCGUCUCUCCCAGCGCAGCCAAUCCAGCAGCCAUCCCCUAGCCUCACAGACGAGUCAUCGCAUGCGACCACACCUGCUCGCUCGGUGCCUGCUGCCAAAUCGUCGCAGGGCCCCAUAAGCGGAGGCGCCUACGACAGCAAAUUAGGCGAAAAACAUCCACUCACCGUCCUUGUUGCUGAAGACAACAAAAUCAAUCGUCGCGUACUGGUGAACAUGCUAAAGAGGCUCGGUUACAAAGACGUAUACGAAGCAUGCAACGGAAAAGAGGCCGUGCGGAUCAUGCAGAACAUCAUCGCGUCACAAGGGCCUGCAGAGACACCUGAAAGUGACCAGCCGCAAGUGCUGAAAGGCGUAGAUGUUGCUGGCAACCACGCAGUCUCUGAUUCUUCCGGCAAUCCGAAAAAGUUGAAACCGGUGGAUGUUAUCUUGAUGGAUCUUUGGAUGCCAGAAAUGGAUGGAUACCAGGCCACCUCCAAGAUAUUCCAACUGGUCGACGAAUACCACGGUCGAUUCGCCGGUAAUCCUCAGCCUGGCCGGUCAGCCAGCGGUUCCCCACCUUCGUCUCCCACAGUGCUAGCUGUGAGCGCUGAUGUUACGGAUGAGGCCCUGGCGCGUGCGUCCAAGGUCGGCAUGAAAGGCUACAUGACCAAACCAUACAAAUUGACCGACCUGGAGCGAUUGAUUAAGGGGUUCUGCAGUAAUCCACCGCCACCCUUUGGUCAAUCAACGAACUCAUGAUAAUAGACUCCGUGAUCUUGGGGCUCUUCUUCUCCCUAAUGACCCUUUUCCUUUUUCUUCUUUCUUUUGUUUGGAUUUUUCGUUAUAUACCUGGGUUCUCUUUAUUUGGGCCUUUUUUCUUGGAUAUUUUCCACAUAUUUGAUAACAGUCGACAUGGAAAUCUGGGUUGCGACUAGCGAUCUUGAGUCCUGAUGUAUUUAUGAGCAACAUGCUGGCAUCACAUAAUGACCAUAACUUGAAUAGGGGAGACAGACUAGGUGCACAAAUGCAUCAGGCUAAUAAUUUACAUAUAGAAAUGAUACUGGAAUAUUGAUGAUACA